AUGUCGUCUUCGUCGCGCAGCGCCGUAGCACCGAAAACGCUGGGCAAGAGAAAGCGGCAAACCAAUGAAUCAAAAGCAAAAGUAAAUGGAAUUAAGAAAAGUGCAGGCCCUAAAAUACAGACAACUAGAGAGCCUUCGGCAGAGGAAGAAGAAUCCGACGCAUACGAAGUGUUUCGACGACAUUUUGAGUCACAAUUCAAGCCAAUAGAAGAGGACUUGCGCCCAAAGCAACCGAAGGUUGAGGAGAAACAAGCGGACAAUGACGAUGAAGAGGAUGAGGAAGACGAAGACUCCGACUGGAGCGGAAUCUCUGACGAUGAAGGAAAAAGAAAGGUAGAAGUCGUGGAGCACACGGGAAAGCCAUCAAAUUCCAACGAAUACGAUGAUCUGGCAGCUAAAGAAGAAAUGAAAGCAUUUAUGUCUUCCAAACCGCCAACUGCAGCGAGAAAGCCGAUACCAAAACCUCAAAAAUCAAAAGAGAACUCAGAAGACGAGAACGACGAGGCAGCCAACCUCAAGAACGACCUCGCGCUGCAGCGCUUGUUGCGCGAAUCCCACCUCUUGGAUUCAAAUUCGUCACUGGAUCCGACAGGGAAAAAUCGACACAAGGCACUCGAUUUACGUAUACAAGCUCUUGGAUCAAACUCUUCUAUCAUGACGCAAGAGAAAAUGCCCUUGUCUCAUCGAAAAGGAAUCAUGGCGAAAGCCAGCGAGCGAGAGGAGAAGCGCCGCCGAGAAGCGCGUGAAAACGGUAUCAUUCUCGAGAAGCCCAAGCUCACGAAGCGCAAAGAUGCAGAAUCUCGACGAGAAAGAGGCGUUGGAGGUCCUGGUGUAGGUAAAUUUCGCGGUGGCAUGUUGAAGUUGAGUAAGCGUGAUAUUGCCGACAUUGAGGGACCAAAGAGAAUGGCAAAGGGCAAGAAGGGCAGGAGGUAG